UCAGAUUUUAGUACAGCAGUCGCAGUGAUCAGCAAACAGAAAAAGUGAAAAAUUCACGCAUUUGGCUUCAUUUUACAAUUUCAACAAUCAUUUUCGUAAUUUUCUGUGUUCUAAUUAACUUUGAAAGACCGGAAAAAGUGUGAAAAAGCUCGCGCUCGAAAUAGGAUAAAAUAAUAGAAGAAUUAAACAAUUUUCCGGUAAGAUAAACAGUGAAAACACUGACGGACAAAAUGGUUGCCCCGAAAAUGGUUCCAAACAAGCGUCGAGGAGGAUUCAAUAAUGGUAUGCCCGGUCGACCCCGGUUCAAACCGGGAGGGCCGAAACCCUUGAACGCCCGGAAUAUUGGCGCAAUGUUCAAUGCUAAUCAGCUCGGUGACAACCCCGGUUUCGUGGAUUUCAACGACGAUGUUCAGGUUCCUUCAGCUUCGACUACCAGCGGAACUACUGCUGCGGCUAAUGCGACAUCCGGUACGAAUAAUGGGGCAACCAAAGGUCCUGCUCGAAAGGGAAAUCCAAACCAGAAGCGAAUGAAUAUGAAAAAUGGAGGCAUGCGACGAAUGCCGCAGGGCAUGGGAGGCCAUUGGGGUCCACCGAUGCCCCCUAUGCCUCCCAUGUUUCCGAUGGGUGGAGGUCGCCGGAACGGUCCCCUUCCGCCACCGCCUCCACACUUUCGCGUGCCUCCUAUGGGAAUGCGAGGCAUGCGUGGGGGCCCAAUGAUGCCGCCGCCUCCUCCAAAUGGCCGCUUCGGAGGUCCACCAAUGGGACCGGGUCCUAUGUCCAUGAUGCCACGGCCAAUGCCUCCGAUGCCACCCAUGCGAGGUCCAAUGUUGAAUCCUAUGGGACGCAUGAUGCCACCGCCGAUGCGUGGUCGUCCAGAUGGUCCUCCGAUGCGACGCAACCCGAACGGAAAGCUACCUCCAGGAAGAAUGGGUAAAGGCCCCAAGGGAGCAGUGCCGAGAGUGGCUCCCACAAAUGGUAAGAUCGCGAAAACGAUAGGCAAAAAGAUUAAACCCAAAGUGGCUGCCAAGCCGAAGGAGGACUAUCCACUGGACAAACCGUGGGUAACGGAAGAAAUCAAAGCCGAACAUCAGAAGAAGGUAGAUCUGGCCGAGCGAUUGAAAGGCAAUAAAGACGAUGUGCUGUUUGCUCAGUUUAAGGAACAGCGAGACAAGUUCGUCAAGAUGUACGACGCAGCCCGAUUGGAGUUUAUCGGCAAGCAUCCGGAACAGGACGUUGAAAAAAUCCUUACCGAAACAGGUGCGGCGAGCAAAGCCAAAGCCAAUAACGAAAGUCAAAAUUCCAAUGAUGCAGUUUCUACUGAUACCCCUGCCGCUACCAAAUCUUCUACCACUACUUCUGCUACUGCUAGCUCUGCUGCCGACGCGGCCAAGUCUGCGGCUUCCUCUGCUUAAUAAGAUUCUCAUUUUUAACACUUUUAAGAACUCAGUCAGGAGCAAAUCGGUCCAGAAUGCAUGUAACGGACCGGCGGAGGAAGUAUUUUGUUCGGACAUUGAGAAAUAGAGUUUUUACGAUGGGGAUUUUCGACGAUUCAAACAGCCUAAUAAUGACUUAGAUUACGAAAUGCGCAGUUUAUCCUAUGCUUGUUUUAUGUUAGCGUACUUGAGCGAUCCGUUUCUUAACGAUUUUAACUUAGAAAAAGUUUGCUAACAAAUAAUGGACGACAUUUGGUCGGUUUUUAAUCGCUGUAUUAUGAACAAAAACGGAUCGACCUAUUAGAAUACAGUUUGACGAAAAUCAGUUCAUAAAUUUAGUUACAAAGCGCAAAUUUUAGCAUUCGUAAAAUAAUUAUUACUUGUUCGACAAAACAUUACUGUAGCGUUUAAGACAGACAUCUUGUCUGAUUAUAACAAAGGAGUGAAGCCACUUAUAAAAUUAAUUAAAUGUAUUGUUUGUUAUUUAUUAAAAGCUUUUCCAAAACGAACCCCAUCUAAAUCGGCAAAUUCUAUUUGUUUCCUCCACAUUUAGAUUUUUUUUGCAUAUUUCUACAAGAGAUUCUCAUAUUUGAAGCUUCACUCCGCGUAACACAGUGUUAUAAAAUGCAAAAAUAAAUAGUAAUGUAUGUUUUAACGACAAACGAAGAAUUAGUAAUGCAUAUGUAGUGGUAAAAAUAAAACUUUUAAAAGUAGAAUACAUUUUGAGGAAUCAUCAUAUAACCAGAACCACAUCAACGGUUCACAUUAUAUUGCAAAGCAAAGAACGAAAAUGAAACUAUAUUAAACUGAUUCACUAAUUGUAAGCAAGUAAUAGAAGUAGUUCUUUCUGUGAAAUGAAAUAUGUGCUGAUAUUAUCGUCCCUUGGAAGUAAGAAGAAUAAUUAUAACUAAAAUAGAAACGCUAUGUUGGUUUUUUUGUUGUCUACCUCUGAAGAGAUCAGUUCUCCCAUGUAACACUUCAAUCAUAUUCUAAACGUGGAUCACAGAUCGAUGAAAGAGCAAGUAUUUUUCCUAAUAUUGAUGAAUCAAAAUCAUACUUGUUUUCUUUGCUAUAAUUUCCAAAAUAGGCAGUAAAAAUACAAUUCUUAUGAAAGUGAACAUAGGCAACGACAUAGCUACAUAGUAUGUAAUGUAAUAUGAUUACUUAUUGCGUCCCAACAUUAAGCGGAUUUUAUCAGCUUCGAUUUUAUUCUUUAUUUUCCUGCGAAAAUAGUACAUCAGAGAAACUAAUACCCUCUUUGUUUUGAUGUUUCUUUAUCUGUGGAAAAGGUGGCUUUUUGAUCCCAUCUUGUUAGUUUCAUCUGAUGAGCUGUUUUCCUCAACAUCGAAAAAAAAUGGACAACAUUAAUUUCUGUUUCACGUGAUGGUUAUUUGAUUGAGAUUCCUAUUGUUUUAUAUGUUGUAUAAAAAUCCCUCGCUAAAUUAAAGAAAUCAGCACAAAUAUCCACGAUAAAUAUUGUCAUUCGGUACAAUGCGAUUGGAGUAAAAUUUUCUGAAACACUUGAAUGGAAUAUGAUUCCUAGGAAUAUUCAGUUGUUUCAAAAAGUUUUCCUCCGGCAAGCAAUAUCUCUAACUGUAUAACCGACAAAUAAGUACCUAUGCAAUCUGAACGGAGCGGCUUGAUCUCCUCUGAUUUUUAUCUUAGUCACAUCGAUGUAAUCGUCGUCGUCGAGAAGAUGGAAUUUUGAAGGCAGCGGUAGUUAUCAGUAAAAACUUUUUAUGCAUCAUCGAGACAACGGGGGCAAAUCGUGUCUCGAAUCCGAAUCAAACUGACAUCAGCAGAGUCUGCUGCUACUAUAAUCCCCUUUGAUUGUGUAUAGAAUUAGAGUGUUAUUCAAUAUAACAAGAGCAUUAUAUGAGGUAAAUGAGAAUUACUUUUGAAUGGUACUGCAGGCUGUUUAAACGAAUAAUAUAUUGGGCAACUCCGUAUACUGCCUGCAAUCGCAUGUCAGUCACAUUUUUGUUGGAUUUUCUAUUCAUAUGGAACAAAUAUGUGAUUUUGGAUAGUAUAGUACUGCCGAAGUUUAAUGUUUAGUCCCAUAAAUGUUUUCAAUAUGUUGAAAUCAUAGACGGCUUAGAAUCAUAUUUUCCGCGAAGAAUUAAAAAUUACAAUCGGAAGCAACAGGGUAAACAAAAGAAAAAAGAUUUUUUGUCAUAUCAUAUUUUUAUAAUUUUUUCGUUAAACAAUGCAUAACAAAAAAUAUUAAAAAUUUACACAGUUUGUGAUCUAGUUUAUAUUUUGCCCAAAACUUUAUUCGCUAUGUUGGAGAAUAAUGGAUUUAUUAAAUUUUUAUAUCGUUUCGCGUUUCUUCGGAUCAAUGUCUUAUUGUUCCAUCGCUUAUUACUUGAAAGUAAAUUUAAAAUACUAUUAUGCUGAAAAUGUUUAUGGGAAUAACAGGCGAGCAUCGGUAUCAUGCCGAUCAUGGCAUACUUGCUACAUUUUU